GAAUGCUCCUUCUCAACGAUCGACCAAUUUUCAUACUUCUCUGUCUCAACUUUUUUUAAGUAAGGAAACUUUGAUGGCGGCAAAAUCGGUUGCUCUGCUUACUCCCUACAAAAUGGGAAAUUUUGAGCUCUCUCACAGGAUUGUGUUGGCGCCAUUGACAAGAUCGAGAUCUUAUGGAAAUGUGCCCCAACCUCAUGCGGCGCUGUACUACUCUCAGAGGGCUACCAAAGGAGGCCUCCUCAUAUCCGAAGCCACCGGCGUCUCAGACACGGCUCAAGGAUAUCCGGAGACUCCAGGGAUUUGGACAAAAGAGCAAGUGGAGGCAUGGAAGCCAAUUGUGAAAGCUGUGCAUGACAAGGGUGGGAUAUUCUUCUGCCAACUUUGGCACGUCGGAAGAGUCUCCAAUUACAGUUAUCAACCAAAUGGGCAAGCACCCAUCUCGAGUACCGACAGAGGGAUUCAGCCUCAGACUCAACAUGACGAAACCAUUGCAGAAUACUCUCCCCCACGACGACUAAGAACCGAUGAGAUCCCUCAAAUUGUCGAUGACUUCAGACUUGCUUCAAGAAAUGCAAUAGAAGCUGGCUUUGAUGGAGUUGAAAUCCAUGGAGCACACGGCUACAUCCUCGAACAAUUCAUGAAGGACAGUGUCAAUGACCGAACCGACCGAUACGGUGGCAGCUUAGAAAACCGCUGCCGCUUUCCUCUCGAAGUAGUCUCUGCCAUAGUCGACGAAAUCGGAGCUGACCGAGUUGGCAUUCGACUCUCUCCGUUUGCUGACUUCGUGGACGCCUACGACUCUGACCCAGAAGCCCUUGGGAUGUACAUGGUCAAGUCACUUGACAAGUUCAAUGUUGUCUACGUUCAUAUGGUCGAGCCAAGAAUGUCCAUUGUUGAUGGACGGAGGCAGAUACCGCAUAGAUUGUCACCGAUGAGAAAAGCAUUCAAGGGUUCAUUUAUUGCAGCUGGAGGGUACGAUAGAGAGGAAGGAAAGAAGGUAGUGGAUGAAAAUUACACGGAUCUGGUUGCGUUUGGUCGGUUGUUCUUGGCUAACCCUGACUUGCCUAAAAGGUUCGAGCUCGAAGCUCCACUAAACAAGUAUGAUCGGUAUACUUUUUAUACUCCUGAUCCGAUUGUGGGGUACACGGAUUAUCCGUUUCUUGAUUCAUCAGCUUAUUAGCUCAUUUGAUUUAAGUAAACUAAGACAUGAGGACGAGUAUUUAUACCUUAUGCUUUACAUUAGGGAGGGAAUAAGCUUAUUUCUCGGCAUACAAUAAGGAAAUAAGCAAUCUCAUGAAAAUGGUGUAUCUUUAAGUAUGAUUAAUUUCCUAUGUAAUGUCAUCUGGUUUUUAGUUGCGCUCUAUUAUAAAACAUUUCGUUUAUUAA